AUGCAAUCCACUAGUCCCGAUCCAGGUGACAUCUGGGAGAGAUUAUACACCGACAUGCCAGGUCGGGUUAAGGCUGUGGUAAAUAACAUCCAACUUCUUCACAAGAGCGCAGAAGACGCAAAGAAAGACGCUAAGCUUUGGGCUAGCCGGAGCGAGGGCGAUGAAGGAUACGAAUUUGAUGUGCCUGAGGAGGGCUUAGACCUUUCAGAAGAAUGGCACCCAGAUAGGAUAGACCUGCGGCACACCUUUCACGAUGUAGUCUUCAGCCUACAGGACGGACCAGGAGUUACGAAUGGUUCUCCAGGCAUAAAAGAGUUGCUACAAACGCUGGAUAACGCCGGGUUUUCUAGCAUAGAUGACGACUCCAGAAUACAAAGCACCAACAGUCAACCACAUAUGCAAACAACACUACCAAAGCAACAUUUAAAAAUCACCAAAGCGGCGCAGGAAAGACUCCAUAAAGAGCGAAUGCUAGCCAUCGAAGGGGAUGAAUCCGCCGAAAGACCCCUACAUACCGGUGCCGAAACAGGCUUUGGCGACAACGAUGCUAAUAUAGAUUUCCCAGCCCAGCCAGCGAUAGUUGGACUGAAACCUGCUUCAAACUGGAUCGCAAUUACGGCCGCUAAUACGUUCACCCAGGCAGGGAAGAUUAUCGGUGCGGAGAGAACAUUAAAUCGCAUGCAGGGAAUAGCGCUUAGUCUCAUCUGCGAGGCGCUCGACGAACGAACAAACGGCGCUGAUCGGCAACACCUGCAAUACGUUGGCGGGGGAGGCGGCACUGGAAAGUCGUGGCUUAUCGAUACCGUAAAAGAGGUUUUCGCAGCCAAAGGGGCGUCCAGCCGGCUUGUUAUUACGGCAACGUCGGGAACGGCCGCAGCAGGUAUCGGCGGUAAUACAAUUCAUUCUGCUGUAGGGCUGGCAUUUCGGGACGCCGAUGGCGCUACCGUAGAACCAAUGUUAUCGAACAAUCUAGAGAAAGCCAAAGAACGAUGGCGCAGGCGGGAUGCUCUGAUAAUCGACGAGGCCAGCAUGCUCGGACUCCAAACAUUAUAUGAUAUCGAUCAAAAGCUCAGAAUGUUAAGGGGCUUCCCAGAGAAGCCUUUUGGUGGCAUUUCUGUCGUCGUGUUCACUGGAGACUUCUUACAGUUCCCGCCAGUUUUGCAGAAGAGCCUCCUUAGUACUACCGAACGAAUUGGUAUAGUGCUAGGAAAUAUAGGACCGGGAAGCAAAGCUAUAGAGAGACGCUGGAAAGAGGCUAAAGCUAAAGAACUCUGGCAGGGGUUUACUAAUGUUGUAGUACUCGACGAGCAAAAACGGGCUGAAGGGGACGCCUACCUGCUUGGUUUUCUUGAACGCCUGCGAGAGGGCAAGCAGACAAGAGAGGACGCCGCGAAGAAAAGCUCGAAGCGCAAUAUAAUAGCGAAUCGAAAUUCGAUUUCACCAGCGGCAGGCGAGCUGUUAUACCUCUAA